AUGCGGUCUGUCAAUGUCCUGGGACAAGUAACAAAGAACCGCGUCCAGACGCGUGCUCUGGCCACCGUUCAGUCCAACACGGAACGCCGAAUUCCCUCUCCUCCCCGAAAGCCCACAGAGAUCUCUACUGAGCGGGCUACCUUCACAAUCAAGAACGGCCCCAUCUUCUCCGGAAAAUCUUUCGGUGCAAAGGCCAACAUCUCCGGUGAAGCCGUCUUCACCACUUCCCUUGUUGGAUACCCUGAGUCCAUGACGGACCCCUCCUACCGCGGACAGAUUCUCGUCUUCACCCAGCCCUUGAUUGGCAACUACGGUGUACCUUCAGCUGCUCGCGAUGAGCACGGUCUGCUCCGUUACUUCGAGUCUCCUUACAUCCAGGCCUCUGGUAUUGUUGUUCAGGACUACGCCCUGAAGCACAGCCACUGGACCGCUGUCGAGUCGCUUGCCCAGUGGUGCGCUCGCGAGGGCGUCCCCGCCAUUUCUGGCGUCGAUACUCGCGAGGUCGUCACAUACCUCCGUGAGCAGGGUUCCUCCCUUGCUCGCAUCAGCAUUGGCGAGGAGUACGAUGCCGACGAGGAUGAGGCUUUCAUCGACCCCGAGGCCAUCAACCUCGUCCGUCGUGUCUCUACCAAGGCGCCCUUCCACGUGAGCUCGUCCCUCGGCGACAUGCACGUUGCCCUGAUCGACUGCGGUGUCAAGGAGAACAUCCUUCGCAGCCUCGUCUCCCGUGGAGCCAGCGUCACCUGCUUCCCAUUCGACUACCCGAUCCACAAGGUCGCUCACCACUUUGACGGCGUCUUCAUCUCCAACGGCCCCGGCGACCCAACGCACUGCACACAGACCGUGUACAACCUUCGCAAGCUGUUCGAGACCUCCCAGGUCCCCGUCAUGGGAAUCUGCAUGGGCCACCAGCUGAUCGCGCUCGCGGCGGGCGCCAAGACGAUCAAGCUCAAGUACGGCAACCGCGCGCACAACAUCCCCGCGCUCGACCUGAGUACGGGCAAGUGCCACAUCACGUCGCAGAACCACGGAUACGCCGUGGACCCAACGACGCUGAGCAGCGAGUGGCGCGAGUACUUCACGAACCUCAACGACCAGUCGAACGAAGGGCUGAUCCACAACUCGCGGCCCAUCUUCAGCGCGCAGUUCCACCCGGAGGCCAAGGGCGGCCCGCUCGACUCGGCGUACCUGUUUGACAAGUACGUCGAGAAUGUGCAGCGGUACAAGGAGCAGCAGUCGCAGCUGUCCAACAAGGACAACAAGCCCAGCGCGGUGCUUGUUGAUUUGCUCAGCAAGGAGCGCGUGGGUGUGCACCCGGACCAGCCCGACUUGGACAUGUCGUCCAACAGCCCGUCGGUGGUGGUUGGCGGGGCGGUGCCAUCGUACCAGCCCAUUUCGACCGCUGCGUGA